UAACCACGAGGGGGAGGGGCGACUGAAGGAAAUAAGAAUUUGAUCAAAAUUUGUUACUUAUUAUUUCUAUAUUCUUAUUAUGUAUUAACAAUUAUUCACAAAUUUUGUAAACAAUUGACAAGUCUGUGCAUGUAUGUAAACAAACGACAGGUAUGUGCAUCAUAAAUGCUUCAAAUUAUAGAGAGUAGGGAAGACCGGAUUUCAAAUUAUCGCAUGUUGGCAAGCAAGAUAAUACUUUUUCAACUUCAUAUUACCGAAGGGACCAAUUAUCAUUGAUUUUAUUCAAUUUAUCGAGUAUUUUUCAAAUUAUCGAGAGAUUCAAAUUAACGAGUGUCAAAUUAUCAGGAGUCGACUGUAAUCGAAAAAUAUCGAAAGUUUUAUAGGCAUUACUCUUAGGUACCGGCCAAGCUUCCUUUUUCCUGAACUAGAUUGCCGUCAUCACAGAUUUAGUGUCUAGAAUAUUUCACUAUCUACAUUUAGCAACGUCGGGAAUCGUCAAUACUUGGAUGGGUACAUACAAAGUAAAUUCAUUCUGUGUUAAGACGGAAUUCAGGAAUGAGAAUCGUACGACAUCGCCAUUAAUACUGAUAUAAUCUGUUAUCUCUAAUUCUGAUAAAAAUAUUUGUUUAUAUCAGGUAGCAGUAAGAAGAAAUUAAUCAACAGAUAUUUCUAAUUACUUUAAACAAAGAUCGAAAAUACCGAUUCGAUUAUCUUAUCGAAAGAUAGUCUCAUUUAUCUCAGAUGGAGGGGCGAUUAACAGUGAGAACAAAUAAGUUUUAGUUUUCAAAUUGUAGUGUUCAAAAAUGUUUCUAAUUAUUAUUCUGUCAUCAUUGUUACUUCGAGUACAAGGAGACUCUAGAUUGGUUGGUGGUAGCAAAGUCCCGCCUGGAAACGGCCUUUUUCAUGCGUCCUUACAAAAUGUCACUGGGCACCAUGUUUGUGGUGGUGCAAUUAUUACCCACAAACACGCAGUUACUGCAGCGCAUUGCGUUCUUGGUGCCGAUCCGAAGUACAUUAAGCUAGUUGUGGGAACAACAAAUCUAGAUGUAGGUGGCUCAGUGAAUGAAGUGAAGUCCAUUCACAUACAUCCUGACUAUAACACUACCGCGAGAAUUCACGAUAUAGCAGUUAUUGAAGUAAAACAAUUGCUUGAUUUAAAUUACGCUCACAUGAUACGUAUGGAUAAAAAACCUCUUAGAGAAGGUGAUAUUGUGGUGUUAACUGGGUUUGGAGCUAAAAAAAAAAAUGGAGACUCCAGUCGAAUAAUGAACUAUUUGGAGGCGCCAGUUUUCAAUCAAGACACUUGCAAAUACGCCAUGCGGUAUUCGAAAAGAAACGUUGUUGAUACCAUGUUUUGCACCUUUACAUCUAUCGGUGAAGGGACAUGUCAUGGUGACUCAGGUGGACCAUUAAUAAGAAAUAACAAAUUAGUGGGGCUGGUAUCUUGGGGCAUACCCUGCGCGAUCGGAUAUCCGGAUGUUCAUACCCGGAUUGAUGUUUACAUCGAUUGGAUUAAUGAUGUUAUAGACAAAACUAUUCCAAAAUGUAUAUGUUAGCUUUAAAUAUAUAUUUAAUGGUCAGUAUACUAUUGCUAAAACUGACAGAGAUAUAUUAGUUUAUACAUAACUUUUAAGAAUGAUUCUUUUUUAAGAAAUUGUUGUUUCUUCCCAUAUUUUUUUAAUUACAGAUGAGAGUAAUUUGAAUGGCUAUUUUCUAUAAAAUAUAGGCUAUUAUGAAUAAAAAUGCAAAAAACAUAA